AAUUUGUCAGUAUGCAGAACGAAGCCGGAGAAUACGUCGAUCUUUACAUCCCCAGGAAGUGUAGUGCUUCUAACCGUAUCCUAGCAGCUAAGGAUCACGCUAGUAUCCAGAUAAACCUGGCUGAGGUUGAUCCUGAAACCGGGAGAAUGACUGGAUCUAGUAAAACCUACGCUAUCUGCGGAGCUAUCAGGCGUAUGGGUGAGAGCGAUGACUGUAUAAACCGUCUAGCUAAGAAGGAUGGAAUCGUCUCCAAGACAUUUUAAUCAUUAGAUAUGCUUGGUUAAAUCAUUCCUACUGAAAAUAUUUUUUAUGUACUUUCAAGGAGAUAAAUAAAUAUUUCAUGUAGAAA